AUCGAAAUCGCUAACAGCUGUUCCCUCCAAACAAUGGACUUUUCUAUCUACACGGAAUUCGUCGUGAUUUUCGGGUGGGACCUCGAGUCAUUGUGGCAAACCAUACACAAGUAUAAAUGCCUUAUACUCUUCCGAGCGCGCAAUAUUGGUGCACUCGAGUGCUACCGAUCACUGCUGGAACCAUGCGACGAAGCUCAGAAGGCCAUCUUGAUUGCUUGGUUUGCUGAAGAAGCCGAGACACAAUCAGCGACAGAGGCAUGGGCAAGAGAGAACACAGAAGAUGAAGCCAUAAAAGUGAGCUCAGAAAGCAAAGUCGCUGAAGCAAAUGCGAAGAAAAAGAACGCAGAAGAUGAAGCCAAAAAAGCGAGCUCGGAAAGAAAACUUACCGAACGAACUGCAGAGAGAAGCACAGAGGUGGGCAGCGCCGCGGAUGAUAAGACGCAGAAAAACAUCAAAAAAGCGGACCGUCGUCUUCCAAAGGACCGGAGGUGUUCCCGAGGAUACGCUUGGGUCCCAACGUCGACUGUGGUUUUUUUACUUUUGUUUUUUUUUUGUACCCGUUUCUACCCAUUGAAAGACAUACCCUAUGUAGGACAUAGUCUUAUGGGACCCCUUGUGUCCCGUUUCGCAUCUCUGGAGCUACAAAUGCCCUGGUGUGAGGCGUGCCCCCACCAGUCCGUCGUUCCUGCCAGCCCUUCGACUUGUUUCAAGUGCACGGGGGUUGGACAUAGCAUUUAUAGUGAGCAAUUGCCUAAAUUGGAUGCCUCGGAUGGUUCAGAUGACCAUCAUAGAUAUCAGCGAAUUGCCUAUGAAAUUAUGCUCGAUUACUGUUAACCUAUGAUUACAGUACUGUAAUGGAUGACUUCCAGCGGCAUUUAUUAUUUGAUUAUUUAAUAAGGCGACUCAUGAACGUCGGUAAGUUAACUCGUGAAUGAAGCUGAAGCCGCAAGGUUUCGUUACCGUUCAAACUUCAGGUGGACACUUCUCUAUUGGCGGGCUAACAGUGCGUACACCGACCAUGGCCGUGGGCCAUGGCGAGCUAUACCAUUCACAGAGCCCUGAAGGGUUCCUCAUGGGUGCAUCUGG